GCCUCCCAUUGGCGAGGCGUGGUCACACCGGGAAGGUGACGUAAGCAGAGCUAGAUAUCAUCCAGGCGAGGACCGCGAGCGUUACAUUCCGGAAGAGGCACCGGCAGGAGACAUGGGUGACUUGACAGAAGAUCAGCUCAUUGAUUACAAAGAUGCUUUUAACCUCUUCGAUAAGACUGGAGAUGGUAAAAUCUUCUAUUUCCAGUGUGGAGAUGUCCUGCGAGCUUUGGGGCAAAACCCAACGAAUGCCGAAGUCAUGAAAGUUUUGGGAAACCCAAAGAGUGAUGAGAUGAACAGCAAGAUGCUUGACUUUGAGCAGUUCCUUCCUAUGUUGCAAACAAUCGCUAAAAACAAGGACCAGUGCACAAUUGAGGACUUCGUUGAGGGGCUGAAAGUGUUCGACAAGGAAGGCAAUGGAUGUGUAAUGGGGGCAGAACUUCGCCACGUACUAAUUACUUUAGGAGAAAAGAUGCAAGAGGAUGAGGUGGAAAUGCUUCUGUCUGGGCAUGAAAAUGCUAAUGGAGAAAUUUGUUAUGAAGAACUGGUCCGGAUGGUAAUAAAUGGCUGAAUCUUCUCUGCUUCAGAGCACCAGCAUCCAGAAGGGGGCAGUUCUUUGUAUUAAUGCUCCUGUCUUUUAUAUUUUAUUUUCCUUGGAGGGAAGGUUGAGCUUACUAGUGGUGGGCAUUUUGUUUCCUCCAUUGGUCUGUCUCAGGAGAGCAGCCGGCUCACCACAGGGGACUCGUUGCUCUUUGAGACAAGAGAUCACAUCAUCAUCAUCACUGCUCCCACGCGUGAACCACUGCAAAAGGAACCUGGAGUUCAGUAGUUAUUGUACCAUGCAGAUAAUAAAUUAUUUCUAUUUUUCCUUCUCGCCAAAUAAACUGCAUGCCUUUUCCUAAACAUA